UAUGUAUGUGUGUGUGUGUGUGUGUGUGUGUGUGUGUGUGUAGUGUAGUGUUGUCAGGUGGCUCCGGUUGUCCGCGUGACGAAUCGCCACACUCGGUUAACGGAACGUUUUGUGAAGCACUUUUUUUUUAAACGCACGUUUGCGACCGAAAGCGCGCGAGCCACCUGAUCGGUGGGAAUCUACUAACGUUCAGUUUCCAUCUUUUCCAUUCUUCAGCGGCUCUGUGAAUCCAGGCUGGACUAACUUCACCGUCCCUCAGUGUUCUGACCGCUGUGGGCAGUCGACGGACGCACGGCUGGACUGUCAGGUGGGAGUGAUCAGAGAUGAGGGCAAGACUCUUCAUAAUCCACUCUUUGGCCGUCUGCAUAUCAGUAACGUUGUUUUGGCAAACAAGGUCAGUAUGUGCAGAUACAACAACAGAUGCCUUCAAAAACAACAUCACCCUCUUCACACGUAUCCUGGACCGACUGCUGGAUGGCUAUGAUAACCGACUCAGGCCUGGACUGGGAGAUCGAGUCACCACUGUGAAGACUGAUAUCUAUGUCACCAGUUUUGGGCCUGUGUCAGACACGGAUAUGGAGUACACAAUAGACGUGUUCUUCAGACAGAGCUGGAAGGACGAGAGAUUGAAAUUUGUGGGACCAAUGAACAUCCUGCGUCUGAACAACCUGAUGGCCAGCAAAAUCUGGACUCCAGACACUUUCUUUCAUAACGGGAAGAAAUCGGUGGCACACAACAUGACCAUGCCAAAUAAGCUACUGCGCAUUCAGGAUGACGGCACAUUGCUGUACACUAUGAGGUUAACAGUACACGCAGAGUGUCCAAUGCAUCUUGAGGAUUUUCCCAUGGAUUUCCACUCUUGUCCUCUUAAAUUUGGCAGCUAUGCGUAUACAAUAACGGAGGUGACGUAUACUUGGACUAAGAAUGCUUCAAACUCAGUUGUGGUGGAAGGGGAGAGCUCCCGAUUGAACCAGUAUGACUUAUUGGGACAGACUGUGGGCAAUGAGACCAUCAAAUCCAGCACUGGCGAGUACACAGUGAUGACGGCUCACUUCCAUCUGAAGAGAAAGAUUGGUUAUUUUGUGAUUCAGACAUACCUGCCAUGCAUCAUGACAGUCAUCCUGUCUCAGGUGUCCUUUUGGCUCAACCGGGAAUCCGUGCCUGCCAGGACUGUAUUUGGUGUGACCACUGUGCUCACCAUGACCACUCUGAGUAUCAGUGCCCGUAACUCCUUACCUAAAGUGGCCUAUGCUACGGCUAUGGACUGGUUCAUUGCAGUGUGCUACGCCUUUGUCUUCUCCGCCCUCAUCGAAUUUGCUACUGUCAACUACUUCACCAAGCGUGGCUGGGCCUGGGACGGCAAGAGUGUGGUCAAUGACAAGAAGAAAGAGAAAGCAUCAGUGAUUAAGAAAAACAACGCCUAUGCAGUGGCUGUGGCUAACUACGCUCCCAACAUCACCAAGGACUCGGUCCUGCCCACCAUUGCUAAGGGCGGAGUGGUGGACCCAGGCAAGGCCAAAACCGAGAGCAAACCAGCCGAGAAUAAGAAAUCCUUCAACAGCGUGAGCAAGAUUGACCGCAUGUCCCGCAUCAUGUUCCCCGUGCUCUUCGGAACCUUUAACCUGGUCUACUGGGCCACCUAUUUAAACAGAGAACCCGUUAUCAAAGAUAUGGUCCCCUCCAAUCAGUAAUUUCCUGUAGUAGCGCUAAAGAUCCACUGAUCAGGACUAAAGAGAAAGCCAAAAAACAUCCAGGGACUCCAUCCACUCAUUCAUGUACGCAAACAGUUCAUAACAGAUCGCCGAGCCAUGGAUCGUUGCAAGACGCCUCUCUUUCUCUUUCCUCUCUUUUCUACACCUUUUUCUGCAGUGCUUUUCAAAAUGACAUUGGCCUUUGUAAAUAUGUAUUUAUGGAUCAAAUAAUAUGCCUUGUCUCUAUUUAUUUAUUUAAUCAUUUAUUUAUUCAUUUGUUAAUUUAUUGGUUGUCCCUGUUUGGUUUAGCGUGUGUGUUUGUAUAUUCUGCUGUUGUGUGAACUUUUUCCGGUGUGUUUUGGGUUCUCCUGAAAUCUGACUUUUGACCUUUUUCUGUGACCUAGACUAGAAUAGUAUAGUGUAAAUUAUAUGAUAUAGUUUAUUUAUUUUGACUGUUUAUUUGAUGAGUUAUUUGACCUAUGUGUUGUAAGUGUUGCCUUUUUGUAAUGGUGCUUGUUUUGAUCACUACUUUUCUCAGAUUAAGAUCAGUAAGACAUUGGCCUGCAUAAACAUUAAUAAUUAUUCUAAUUACAAAAAGCAAUUAAUUUGAGUUAUUAAUUAGAUCUAAUUUAUUCAUUUCAGUCUGUUAAAUUAAGAAUGUGAAAGCUUUGACUUUCAAACAGGCCUCAACCAGUCCACUGAACAAAAUGAGUAAUGAGAUUUAGAUCAGACUUUUAUUACAUUAAGGGCACAGUUAGCCUUAAAUGCAUUUUUAUAGCUCAUGCCAUUUAAACUUCUUUGACAAAAAAAAAAUCUUUGUCUUUUGGUUGAUUUUUACAGUACUGUUCUUUACAUAGACA